CUGUAGUCAACAAUAACGCAACUACAGUAACAUAUAAGCUCUGCCGAUCGUCGUCAGUCCGACACUCUGCCAUAGACCUUCUUUCCGUCAACGCUUUAUAUCGUUGCCUAGAAUAAAACAAGUAAAAACCAAAAUUCAAAAUAAACAAGAUGGCGAUCACGAAAAUUACCAUGAUUAAAUUUUUGGAACUCGCUUUAACUAUCAUCAUUUUCGUUUUGCAUUACAACAGUUUUCCGGGAGGUGAUACGACAUCGGUCAUGAUCACUACCGGGACGUAUGUCGGUUAUGUGAUUAUUUUGGCUGGAAUUUUCAUUGGACUUUUCACUGGAACGCCAAUAAGUUCUCGACUGGACAUGUUCUACGUGUUAAUUGGUGCUGCUCUCUUCAUUGCAUCUGGAGUUAUGUCGUACAAUUAUUACAAUGGAUAUUCAUUAAAAUCAUCCUAUGUCAACACUGGUUUAACCAAGGCUUGGUUGUCUAUUCUCAAUGGAGUUGUGUUUGUCGUUGAUGCUGCAUUCACAUACCGUGGCGAAUAAGUUAUAUUUAUAAAAAAAUGUAAUGUUAUUAUUAAAUUAAAUUUUAAAGAUAUAAUAUUUAUUUUAUUCAACA